AUGGCAGGCCAUCGGUGGGCCGUGACAUCAGCACUGUGCGCUUGGAUGGCGGCCGCGUCUCUCCUGUACGUGGGCGAGGUGCGGGCCGACUGCUGGCUGAUUGAGGGAGAGAAGGGCUUUGUGUGGCUGGCCAUCUGCAGCCAGAACCAGCCCCCGUACGAGUCCAUCCCUCAGCAGAUCAACAGCACCAUUUUGGACUUGAGACUGAACGACAACAAGAUCAAGAGCGUCCAGUUCUCUUCCCUCAGCCGCUUCAGCAACCUCACAUACCUCAACCUGACCAAGAAUGAGAUCUCCUACAUCGAAGACGGUGCCUUUUCGGGACAGUACAACCUGCAGGUGCUGCAGCUGGGCUACAACCGCCUGAGGAACCUGACGGAGGGAAUCCUUCGGGGACUGGGGAAGCUGGAGUACCUCUACCUCCAGGCGAACCUCAUUGAGACUGUCACCCCCAAUGCCUUCGGGGAGUGCCCCAAUAUUGUGAACAUUGACUUGUCCAUGAACAGGAUCCAACGGCUGGACAGCAACACCUUCCGGGGCCUGAGCAAACUCUCGGUCUGUGAACUGUACAGCAACCCGUUCUAUUGCUCCUGUGAGCUCCUGGGCUUCCUACAGUGGCUCGAGGGCUUCACCAACAUGACGCGCACCUACGACCGCAUGCAGUGUGACUCCCCGCCGGACUAUUCCGGCUACUACCUUCUGGGCCAAGGACGGAGCGGGUACCGCAACGCCCUGGGCAUGCUCUCCUCUCUCUGCACCGGCGGCCCCUAUACCAUGCCGCCUUAUUUUAUCCCCCCCAAGAACCCGGUGACCACAGCUCCUCCCGAGAGCCCGUGCCCCGAAGAAGAGUGCUUCUCCGGUGACGGCACCACGCCGCAGGUCUCCUUGCACACCCCCGUGAUCGAUCCGGGCCUGUACCCUACCAUGAAAGUGAAGCACGUGACGCACAACUCGGCCGUGCUGAGCGUGCAAAUCCCGGUGCCCUACAGCAAGUUGUACGCGCUGGCCCAGUUUGAGAACGGCCGGUACAGCAUCCUCACCAAGCUCUUGAAGAAGAAAGAAGACAUUGAGCUGACCAACCUGGGCCCGAACGAAGACUACACCUAUUGCGUGACGUCUUCCAACCGGGUCUCACGGUACAACUACACUUGCCUCACCAUCAACCUCAACAAGCAGAACAAGGACGAACCCCUACCCAGCCCUUCGACUGCCACUCAUUACAUCAUGACCAUCUUGGGCUGCCUGUUUGGCAUGGUGAUCGUCCUAGGGGUGGUGUACUACUGCCUCCGGAAGAGACGCCAUCAGGAGGAGAAGCACAAGAAAGCUGCCGUCAACAUGAAGAAGACCAUCAUCGAACUCAAGUAUGGGCCGGAGAUGGAGGCGACCAGCAUCUCCCAGCUGUCCCAAGGUCAGAUGCUGGGCGGCGAGACCAUGACCCGCAUCCCUUACCUCCCCUCUGUCGGAGAGGUGGAGCAGUACAAGCUGAUCGACAGCAGCGAGACCCCGAAGGCGACGAAGGGUAACUACAUGGAAGUGCGGACAGGGGAGCAGCCCGAACGGAGGGACUGCGAGCUGCCCAUGCCGCCGGACAGCCAGAGCUCAGUGGCGGAGAUCUCCACCAUCACCAAAGAGGUGGACAAGGUGAACCAGAUCAUCAACAACUGCAUCGAUGCCUUGAAAUCAGAAUCCACCUCCUUCCAGGGAGUGAAGUCGGGGGCGGUGUCCACCGCCGAGCCCCAGCUAAUGCUGUUGUCCGAACAGAUCCCCAGCAAACACAGCUUCCUCGCCCCGGUCUACAAGGAGAGCUACAACCACCCGCUGCAGAGGCACCACAGCAUGGAGGCCCCGCCAAAGCGUUCCAGCACCUCUUCCAGCGGCUCCAUACGGAGCCCCAGAUCCUUCCGCUCUGAGGGCUCUGGCCACAAAUCAGAAGCCAAAUAUAUCGAGAAGACGUCUCCGACCACAGACACCAUCCUCACUGUGACGCCGGCGGCCGCUAUCCUGCGAGCCGAGGCGGAGAAGAUCCGUCAGUACAGCGAGCACCGGCACUCGUACCCAGGGUCCCACCAGGGGGAGCAGCACGACAGCAUGGGCGGGCGCAAGCCCUCCAUCUUGGAACCUUUGACCCGGCCUCGCCCCCGGGACUUGGCCUACUCUCAGCUCUCCCCUCAGUACCACAACCUGAGCUACUCCUCCAGCCCAGAGUACACCUGCAAACCGUCCCACAGCAUCUGGGAGCGGUUCAAACUGAACCGCAAGCGGCACAAAGACGAGGAGGAGUACAUGGCCGCCGGCCACGCCCUGCGCAAAAAGGUCCAGUUUGCCAAGGACGAGGAUCUUCACGACAUCUUAGACUACUGGAAAGGGGUUUCUGCCCAGCACAAGUCCUGAGGCUUUGACCCGCUCGUGACUUAACACUGGACCAAAAGGAAGGAAGGAAGGAAGGAAGGAAGGAAAAACAGACCUAAAAAUCAGCAGCAGCUAUUAUUUUUAAUCCAGACUUGUUCUUUGGAAACACACACACACACACACAC